ACAGAGGGCUCUCGGUAUGGACGCCGAGCCAAACAAUGAUCGCGCAUUUUCUGCAAAUCUUACAUGAAGGGAUCAUCAAUUUACGCGCUGUGCAAAUCCGCUGUUGUUCCGUCGCCAACCGCCCGAAACGCGCCGUCUUGGAAUCGGAACCAGGAUAAUAUGAACUCGUAUAGUCUAUACAGCCGUAUUUUGCGUAUAGUCUAUAUAGUCGUAUUGUAUGUAUAGUCUAUACAGUCGUAUUGUGCGUGUAGUCUAAAUUUCCGCGGAAAUCAAACUCACCCCGGUUGUGCGCGCGAUCAACGGUGAUAAAAUAGUUUUAUGAGUGUGCACUUGUCUGGAAGGUUUUGUGCCCCGAGAUAAUGUGCUCUAAAUGUUGACAUUAGCGAUGUUUUGGUGCGGACGAGAUUUAGUUGAAUUCUAGUGGAAUUUCGUUGGAUUAGGAGUGGUCUGGUGUUUAGUUUGGUGAAGUUUCAACAGCUCGAUUGGAUUACCCAGUUCAUGAACGAUGGACUCUUGGGGUCAUCUGAGCGUGGACAUCGCGUCCAGUCACCUGUCUCGAGAUGAGCGGAGCAGUCAGAGAGCAGCCAAGACGACCAUCGAGAAACUCCCAGACAAAAUCUUGCUGAACAUUUUCUCCUACUUAACUCAUCGGGAAAUAUGUCGGAUGGCACGAGUAUGCAAGAAAUGGCGGGUGAUCGCAUACGACACACGAUUGUGGACGGCUGUCUCGCUCAGGCCGGAGAUCUCAGGGCUUCAUGUUGGAUCACUGGAGUCACUUUUGGCACUUAUCAGUAUCCGCUUCGGUCCGUCGUUGCGGUACAUCGAGCUCCCGAUUGAGCUUAUCACUCACACCGUUCUCCACGAGUUGGCCAACAAAUGCCCCAAUCUCACACACAUGCUCCUUGAUUUCUCCACGGCCAUGCAACUCCACGAUUUCAGCGAAAUGCAGGCAUUCCCAACAAAGUUAAAAUAUUUAUGCAUUUGCUUGUCGGAGGUCAUUUUCAUGGAAGGUUUCAUGAGGAAAAUCUACAAUUUUAUCAAUGGACUGGAAAUAUUGCAUCUCAUAGGAACAUAUGAAAAAGUAGAGGAGGAAGAAGAAGAAAUUUAUGAGGUUAUAAACGUCCACAAAUUGAAAUCAGCCACACCUAACUUGCGGGUCAUCAACUUGUACGGAAUCAACUUCAUUGACGACAGCCAUAUCGACGCUUUUAGUUCAAAUUGUAUUCAGUUAGAAUGUUUGGCUGUGAAUUACUGUUCGAAAGUCACGGGAUCCACAAUGAAAACUUUAUUCCAAAGAAGUAAAAGACUGAGAUGCCUCCUUAUGAACCAAACAAGUCUAGUGAGCGAGCAUGUGAUGCAGGUGGACUGGGAGAAGACAGCCCUGCAGGAACUGGACAUCACGGCAACGGACUUAUCUACAGAGUGUCUCGUCGAUAUGCUCACCCGUAUCCCGAGUCUCAGGUUCCUUAGUGCCGGACAGAUCAACGGCUUUAAUGAUUCGGUUUUGAAAGCGUGGAUGGAGCAAGGAAAUCCUCGAAGUUUAGUGGCGUUGGACCUCUCCCAUUCUGAUAACGUAACGGACGAUGGUCUUCACAAGUUUCUGUCACGAUACGGACACCAACUUUGGGGCUUGUCACUUUCGGGUAUGCCUCAUAUCACCGACCAGCUUUGGCAAUCCAUUCUUCCUAUUCUCACAAACAUCAAGAUCAUAAUUAUGGGGACGCAGGAGCGACUUGGCGUGAACAUCCACGUGGAUCAGCUGAUGGACGGUAUCGCCAACAAUUGUCCGAAUUUAGAGCGAUUGGAGCUUCGAUGGGACCCUGAAAACUUGAGGUUUUCCGACAAGAGUCAGAAAGCCAUCGAUAUCUUGCGAGUCAAGUGUCUGAAGAUGAGGUGUCUUGUACUCAGUGAUGGACGUUAUUACGAAGUGGUCAAGGCCAAUUUCGAGCGAGCAGAUCGGAUGACAGUUGUGCGAACAACCACAAGCUGCCGCUGCUCCAACUACUACCUUUUGUACAACUACAAAGAUCUGAUAUUCAACUGA